UUCUAAUAAAACAUUUAUUUUAUCUCUUCAUUUAAGUCUUGAAUGCAUAAAGACUACAAAUAGGAACAACUUAUUUGGAAAAACUCAAAUGUGAAAUAGGUAUAACUUUUGUGGAUGGAGGGGCACCAAGCAGUGACAGAGCAGUCAUUUGUGUGGUAGUAAUAUCAUAAUAACAAAAGAAAACUCGAUCUGUAGUUCACAGGGCUAAUAUAAAAUGGUAUGAUUGAUUAGGAGAGUGAAUAUAAAAUGGUAUAAAAUGGAAUAAGAACUUUGGCAAGGCAAACCAGAAGAAUUGAAUAUCUGUAUUGCAAACAAAAACUAAUUAUGAGAUUAAUUUUCGCUCUUUUGCUGUUCUGCUUGUCUAAUCUUUGUCGAAUGUUUCCCUGGUAAGUGCUGAGGUGCAUUCUGAAUACUACUGAACAGUCAUGUGGACUACCAUGUUUUUAUUCAGUGCAGUAAUGUGGAGAUCUGGAUUGGAUGUGGUAUCGUUAAAAGGUUUCUUUAUAAUAAGAGGGCCUUUUGCGUUCUCAUGUUUCAGUAAAUCUUCUUUGGAACGCAUGAAUUUGACAAGGUUUAUACCAGAAUUAAUUCAGUUAUUGUAAAAUUCAAGUCCUCUACUCCAAAAGAGGUCUAAAUUCCCCGACUCUUUGGGCUCGGUGGGGGCUGAAUCCCCGUGCCUGAGCUAUAGAAAUCCGGGUUUCGCCGUCGGGCGCCGGCUACUGCUCCAUGCACUCCGUAAAUUUUUUUCUGUUAACGCGAGGCCACGAAUAUGCUCGAACAGAUACCAAAUUCUAUGGCCAUCUUUGUCUUCCAGUUUGAUCCUUCCAUGCAGUAUAUCAGUAUUUGUAUAUUAGAUGUUCUCGCCUCCUCGGCAUCAACGGAUUCAUACAGCACGGCACACGUAAUGUGCAAUGUCGCGUAUCUCCCAUUCACAUGCAGUCUUUUGAAUCGCUCUUGGGCAUGGACAUGAACAUAUAUAGAUUGACAUAUAGUUUAGCAGUUCAUAAAGUAACAUUCUAGCAAGGUAUAUACUUCAGAUAUCCACCGUUACCAGGUGACUCCCAAGGAGAAAAAACCAAGUGCUCUUGCAUCACUACCAGUGCCAAUCACAACUUUGCUUUCAUCCACGUCGACAACAUAUACAGCUUGGCGAGUCUUACAAAAGAUUAUGAUUUGGAGAAAAUUGCAUCCAUAAAACAUUAAUUACCUUGUCCAACAUUGCAUUAACACUAGCUACUCGUUGGCCCAGCUCUAUAAAUAGAACAGAGCUUCAAAAGUUUCUGAAGAGUGACAAGAGAGAUUCAGAUAGUUUCUCGCUACUCGCUCCCGCCAAGCUAAGUUAGCCACGUACAAACACGGCCAUGUCCACCGAGAACUACGACCCGUGCUACCCCGACCAGCCGGUGGUGCACCGGUACCUCCCCGUGUGGGCCAAGCUGCCGGCGUUCGCCGCCAAGCCGGCCUUCGUCUGGGCGGACGACGGCGACACGGCCAUGUCGUACGCAACACUGACAUACUCCCAGCUCGACGCCGCCGUCGAACGCAUGUCGUCCGGCCUCCUCGGUGCCCUCCGGCGAGCUGACACCGUCCUCGUGCUGGCCUCGCCGGGCCUCCGCCUCGUCAAGCUCCUCUUCGCGUGCCAGCGAGCGGUGCUCACGGCGGUGCCCAUCAUACCACCCGACCCCUCCAGGCCCGGCGCCGGCGGCGCCGCGCACUCGCACCUUCUGCGCGCCGUGUCGCAGACGCGGCCGAGGGCGGCCGUCGCCGACGCCCGAUACAUUGACGCCAUCAAGAAGUCGAAUGCCGUCGUCGACGUCGCCGGAGAACCUGAUCGGCUCGCCGCCAUGUUAAGGAGCCUACGGUGGCUGUCCGUCGACGAGCUGGAGCAAGGAGGUGCCAAUGGAGCGGCGCCGGUGACGCCGUUCGUGGGCGGCGAGCCGGAAGACGCGUACCUGAUCCAGUACACCUCCGGCGCGACGGGCGCGCAGAAGCCCGUGGUGAUCACGGCGGGCGCGGCGGCGCACAACGCGCGGGCGGCGAGGAGGGCCUACGAACUGCACCCCGGCAGCGUCGUCGUGUCGUGGUUGCCGCAGUACCACGACUGCGGCCUCAUGUUCCUCCUCCUCACCGUCGUCGCCGGCGCCACCUGCGUGCUGGCCUCCCCCGACGCCUUCGUCCGCCGCCCGCGCCUCUGGCUCGAGCUCGUCACCGAGUUCAGGGCGACGUGCACGCCCGUGCCAUCGUUCGCGCUGCCGCUGGUGCUCAGACGCGGCCGCUCGCCGGACGGGCGGCGGCGGCGGCCUCUCGAGCUCGGCAGCCUGGAGAAUCUCAUCCUGAUAAACGAGCCGAUUUACAAGUCGUGCGUCGACGAGUUCGUCGCGGAGUUCCGCGGUGACGGGCUGCUUCCCGCGUCCAUCUCGCCGUCGUACGGCCUCGCGGAGAACUGCACGUUCGUGUCCACCGCGUGGCGGAGCCGCCGGUGCGUGGACCUCCCGUCGUACAAGAAGCUUCUGCCGUCGGCGAGGCUGUCGUUCCACAUGGCCGACGAGGAGCCGGAGAUCGAGAUCAUCAUGGUGGACGAGGAGACCGGCGAGCCGGUGGAAGACGGCGUGGAGGGGGAGAUCUGGGUGUCCUCGCCGAGCAACGCGUCGGGUUACCUCGGCCACCCGUCGGCGACCCGCGAGGUGUUCUGCGCGACGCUGCCGGGGAAGGGCUCGUGCUACGUGCGCACGGGCGACCGUGGCGUGGUGGUGGUCAGGGGAGCAGAGCGGUAUCUCUACGUCGUCGGCCGGAGCGCCGACGUCCUCGCGCUCGACGUCGACGGCGGCCAGCGCAGCGUGUGCGCGCACUACAUUGAGACGGCGGCGUUCGGCGGCGCGCCGGAUCGCCUGAGAGGCGGCUGCAUUGCUGCCUUCGCCACCUCGCCGGUGCCGUCGACUUCGCUUGUGGUCGUCGUGGCGGAGCUACUGAAGGGAAGCGGCGGCGGCGGCGGCGGCGGCGACCACAAGGAUAUCUGCGAGGGCAUAAAGCGAGCAGUGUGGGAAGAGGAAGGUGUGAGGGUUGGCUGGAUCGUGUUGGUCGACAGCGGCGUCGUGCCGAAGACAACGUCGGGGAAGCUCCGCCGCGGGGCGGCGAGAGAGAAGCUGCUCGCCGGGAAGCUUCCAAUUCUCUUGGAAGCACGGUAUGACGGAGAUGAGAGCUCGAGCUCGGUGCCAUGGGACGGUGGCGAAGAGGAGAUGGAGAAGUGUCCUGGCAUGGAUGCGGCUUAUGGGAGUGCAAGCCGCCGUCUGCGUCUGCAGUCGUUUCUUUGAGUGAACAUCAGUGUUGGCUCUUGGCUCCAAGCCUUCCUACUUGGGCAUCCUUAAUGAUUUAGGCCCAUAUCGACCAUAAGUGGGAUGCAAUCAUUUUAUUCA